AUGUCCAGUAAACAAAGAUCUAAAAGAAAACGAUUUGACUCCUGUAAUAGUAAACUACAACAAAUAGACCCAGCUUCUAAAGAACAAGUUCACAAACUUUUUGAUAAAACUUUCUCUUACACAGUGCCAACAGAUGUAUGUUGGAAAAUAGAAUCCACUGAUGGAUUUGAACUGACUGAGACAAUGGUAGAAAUGAAGAAAGAUUUAGAUGUUUUAAAAGAGAGAUUGAACAAUGUAAAAGAUAGUUUAAGUGAUAAAGAUAUUGUCAGCUGGCAUCAUCAUACCAAAUUUAUGCACAUUGCAGGAGGAAUAAUGCAUGAAUUAAAGACAGCAUUUCAUGUAGAACUUUGUACACAGGCCUGGUGUAAAUUUUAUGAGAUUUUAAACAAGUUUCCAAUAAUUCCUGAAAAUUGUACAGAAAUCAAUUCUGUGCAUCUUUGUGAAGCUCCUGGUGCUUUUGUAUCUGCCUUAAAUCAUCAACUGAAAUAUAGAGAAUUGCAGAAUCAUUGGCAGUGGGUGGCGUCAACAUUAUGUCCAUACCAUGAGGGUAAUUCAUUGAAUUAUAUGAUUGAUGAUGACUGGUUUAUAAGAGAGACACUAGAUCACUGGUAUUUUGGUCAAGAUGGUACUGGAAAUCUGAUGAAUAAAAAGAAUAUACAAGCAUUGGUAGACAAAGUUUCUCACAUGAAUGGCAUUCAAUUAAUAACAGCUGAUGGAAGUAUUGGCUGUCAGAAUUCACCAGCAGAACAAGAGUUAUUGGUAUCUGAUUUACAUUAUUAUGAAACAUUAAGUAGUUUAAAACUACUAGAAGUUGGUGGUAGUUUUGUUAUUAAGAUAUUUACUAUGUUUGAAGAGAGAACUAUAACUCUAUUAUAUUUACUUAAUACCACUUUUAAACAGGUUAGUGUAUUUAAACCUUCCACUAGUAAACCUGGUAAUUCUGAAGUUUAUAUAAUAUGUGAACACUAUACAGCUCAAUUAACAUCUGAUACAUUCCAACAAAUAUUUGAUAAUGAGUUUGAAGUAAACAAACCAUUGUAUCCUGAAUCUUUUUUAAAACAACAUGUAUCAUGUUGUCAACAGUUUGUCAACUAUCAAAUAGAGGCAAUAGAAGUUAAUAUUCAUACCUACAAGAAAUUAACAACAGAAGAUGAAAGAUGGCAGACGUCACUUAAAGAAUAUUGUCAAGAAUUAUUUAUUACAAAAUAUAAUUUACGAAGAAUACCAGAAUAUUCUCAGAUAAUAACAAAUAAAUAUUCUAAAGUUAGUAUUUUUAACAUUUUUUGA